AUCGAUCUCUCCAUCUUGACGUCAAGACGUAGAACAAGAGGGAGGGGCCAAUUUGCUUGCUGUCGAUCCGUCGGUCUUGUCCUCGAGUAUUUUCUCUGCUCGUCGUGGGACAGGUGGUUGGCGAAAGACUCAAGAGGAAGUCUACGGAAUCAAUCAAUGGUUCUACACACGGCAGUGCGGUCAAGCGAGAAGAGCUUCGCGGAAGGAGUCGUCCGUUCAUCGCUCAAAUUCUAAAGCCAAAGCUGUAACUCAUUACUCCGAUCGCUCUUGCUCGGCGAGAAGCAAAAUGAUCCCUUGGUUGCCACUCCUGUCAUCGGUCACCUCCAUCUUCUUCUUCUACUUCUUUUACUUCUUUGCGCGGAUCCCUUUCACAGCCUGCACCGGCUUCUCCUUCCCCUCGUUCACGGCCGAUUUGAUCUCUCUAUCCGGCGGCUCCGCCAUUUCCAACGGUUCCCUCCAGCUGAGCGAUGGCCGAGUCGUGCGCAACGCCGGCGGGGCUUACUACGCUCAGCCCAUCCAGCUGUGGCGCCAUACGACCAACGAGACCACCGACUUCGCCACCUACUUCGAAUUCGUGAUCUCAUUCCCGGGUGUCUCUUCGAACUCGUCCUCCGGUGGCGGGUUUGCCUUCUUCUUGGCUCCGGCUGACUCGCUCGAUUACCAGAAUCUGACCGGGAGUCUGUUCAGUUUAUCCAACGACACCACGACCAACAAGCGCUUGCUUGCGGUGGAAUUCGAUUCAUUUCGAGACCAGAACUCGAGUUCCAAUGGCACCGCCGGGAACAACGACACGCUGGCGGCGCAGGUCUCCUACAACGCGACCUCCAAGGCUCUCUUCGUCAGUGUCAAGAAUCUACACGUAAGUAGCUCCAACUCCAGCUCGCUAGAUCUCACUCAGAAGGUGGACAUGAGGCAAGUCCUACCGGAGAAGGUGUUGGUAGGCUUCUCGGUCACCAACGGAUCCAAAGUCGUGGUUCAGAAGAUAACCAAGUGGAACUUUUCAUCAACUCUUGAAGCCGAAGGCGGAGGAGGAAGACGAGCCUUCAAGAAAUGGAUGUUGAUUCCAAUCGCAGCUUUGGUACUUGCAGCAGUAGUAGUAGCAACAGUCUCAGCUUGCUACGUCUGGGGAGGACAAGGAUCUAUACUGUUUGCGAUUCUGACGGUGGUAGAAAGAAUAGCAAGAUUGGUUUCUCUUCCUUUGGUGUGGUGUGGAUUCGUGAAGAGAAAGUGGGAGGGUGAACAGGAUAAGAACAAUGGUGAAUCAUUGAUGGAUGAUGAGUUCAGUACGGGGACAGGGCCCCGGAGAUUCUCGUACAAGGAGCUGGUCACUGCAACGAGCAACUUCUCGGAGAAACGAAAGCUCGGGGAAGGAGGGUUCGGAGGCGUCUACAAAGGCUUCCUGAAUCGCUCGGGGAAGGAGGUCGCGGUGAAGAAGAUCUCCAGCAAAUCAAAACAGGGGAAGAAGGAGUACGCAUCGGAGGUGAAGAUCAUCAGCCGGCUGAGACAUCGAAACCUGGUGCAGUUGAUCGGUUGGUGCCACGAGCGCGGCGAGUUCCUCCUCGUCUAUGAGUUCCUCCCCAACGGAAGCCUCGACUACCACCUGUUCAACCGGAAGACCACCCUCCCGUGGGGGAUCAGAUACAACAUCGCGCUCGGCCUGGCCUCGGCCCUGCUCUACCUCCACGAGGAGUGGGAGCAGUGCGUGGUGCACAGAGACGUCAAGUCCAGCAACGUGAUGCUGGACUCCGGGUUCAACGCCAAGCUGGGGGACUUCGGCCUCGCGAGGCUGGUCGACCACCAGCUCGGCCAGCACGCGACUGGGCCGGCGGGGACGCUGGGCUACCUGGCGCCGGAGUGCUUCAACACAGGCAAGGCCAGCAAGGAGUCGGACGUGUACAGCUUCGGCAUCGUGGCACUGGAGAUCGCGACGGGGAGGAGAGCGGUGGAGCACAGCAAGGAUGAGGACGAGGUGAGGUUGGUGGAUUGGGUGUGGGAGAUGAACGGGAGGGGCAGGCUGCUGCACACCGCCGACCGAAGCCUCGACAAGGACUACGACGCGAAGCAGAUCGAGCGGCUGAUGCUGGUGGGGUUGUGGUGCGCUCACCCGGAUCACACGCAGAGGCCGUCCAUGAGGGAGGUGAUCCAGGCCUUCACCUUCCAGGGAGCGAUACCGGAUCUUCCCAGGACGAUGCCUGUUCCCGUCUUUGCCGUGCCACCGGUGCAAGGAUCGAACUCCAGCACGCCGACAGUCACCUUCGGAAGCCUCACGACCGGUCGGUAGCUGUCGGAGUCAUGCAACGACGCCCGGUCUCGCCUUUGUUUUGCAUGAAGCUCCUGCAUCCAGACAGAGGUCGCUCUACGAAGUAAGCUGUCAAAAGUUGUUCUCAUGGUAGUCUUCUCUAUUUUUUUAUUUUCUGGAGUCGUCCAAAGGACUCGAUGCGUUAAGAGUUCAUCAACAAGUUUGCUUAAGCUUCGGCUGCUUUCUUGACUAA